GAACAGACUCAGCUGUUCCUUUAUUUUGACAACAUCCGUACUGGAUGAGCCGGGUUACAACUAUAAUGGAGGCAGACGUGUUCAGGGAACAGUGGCGAGAGCGUUAGAGGCUGAAGUCUGCGGUGAAACAACCGCGGAGCUGGAUGCGGGUGGUGGCGCCGUCCACACACGACUGGACCCGAGAGAAGAGAGCUGAGAGGCGGCUGAGUUCACCUGCCGGGAGUCGGUCAUCCGGUCCUCCGGUUCUCCUCAGCCGCUCUGUCCUCUGCAGUUCCUCCUCGUCUUUGUCUGAGAGCAGAUACAUAAUCCGUCCGGUGACAGCGAGGAAGAUGUCGGAGGUCAACGUAGCAAAGAAGAAGGAGAAGUGUGAGAACUGCACCAAACAGUGCAACAAGAAGCAGAAUGAUGAAGGAGCCAACGCACAGCAGGAGGGAGAGGAAGUCAACGGACAGGUGAGUGAAGGGCCUCAGGUGUUGCUGAGCGCCUGUCUGUCCUGUGACGGCUGUCUGUCAGAGGAGGAGAGCCUGAAGAUAUCUCAGCAGAGCCUGGAGGAGGUGGAGCGGGUUCUGGAGAACAACAAGAAGUGUGACGUGUCGAAGCACAAGGUGCUGGUCGCCUCCGUUUGUCCACAGUCGCUGCCGUUCUUUGCUGUCAAGUUUGGCGUGGACAUCAGUGACUCCGCCCUCAAACUGUGUGGCUUCCUGAAGAGUCUGGGAGUCCAGUAUGUGUUCGACACCACUCUGGCUGCAGGAUUCAGCAUCUUGGAGAGUCAGAAGGAGUUUAUUCAGAGGUACCGCAGGAGGCACCACGACUCCCACGCCCUGCCCAUGUUCACCUCCUCCUGCCCAGGGUGGAUCCGUUACUCGGAGCGGGUCCUGGGCAGCUUGGUGACCCCUCAUAUCUGCACAGCCAGGUCUCCUCAGCAGAUCAUGGGCUGUCUGGUCAAAGACUACUUCUCUAAGCAGCAGAAGCUGAGUCCAGACCAGCUCUACCAUGUGGUGGUGGCUCCCUGCUUUGAUAAGAAGCUGGAGGCCGUCAGAGAGGAGUUCUGCAACAGUCUGCUGGACUCCAGAGACGUGGACUGUGUCCUCACCUCAGGUGAGAUCUAUCACCUGAUGGAGCAGAAGAAGGUCUCAGUGGAGGACCUGGACUCUGUUCCGCUGGAUCCAGUGCUGGGGGAGGCGGGAGAGGCAGCGCUGGUGAGGCACGAGGGCCGAGGUUCUGAAGGUUUCCUGGAGCACGUGUUCAAACAUGCUGCCAAAGAGCUGUUUGGUCUGGAGGUCCAUGAGAUCACGUACAAGACCCUCAGGAACCGAGACUUCCAGGAAGUGACCCUGGAGCGGGACGGAGAGACUCUGCUGCAGUUUGCUGCCAUCUAUGGUUUCAGGAACAUCCAGACCCUGGUCCACCGGAUGAGGAAGGGACGAGUGCCGUACCAGCUGGUGGAGGUUCUGUCCUGCCCGGGAGGGUGCUUGAGUGGCCGCGGUCAGGCUGAGAGCGAGGCGGGAGGACGGGUGGACAAAGCCCUGGUCCAGCAGAUGGAGGACUCCUACAGCAGCCUGCCGGUCCGUCUCCCAGAGGUCAACCCCGCCCUGCAGACCCUCUAUCAAGACUGGCUCCAGGGCCAUGACUCCCCCCAGGCCAGCACGCUGCUGCACACCCAGUACAGAAACCAGGGUCAGGUCCACACACAGCCCCCCCACAUGCAGUGGUGAGGACAGGGUUUUACUUUAAGACAUGAUGGUUGAAUGAGGACCGCCUAAGCUCGGUCCUGAUUCUGCUUGGACCAUCUCCAUCCUGCUGACGACCACGAAGGACCUGCUGAAGAGCUGCUGCUCUAUGGACCAGGGACUGAAUUCUCUGUAUGUGCAGUUCUUCCACUUGACCACAGGGGGGCGAUGUCUGUCUUUACAACAUGGCCAAAGCUGAGCCUGAGGAGAGAUGAGGUCCAGACUGAAGCCUUGAUGUCACUGAGCUGCUCAUAUAAUGACUAAUAACAUUAAUUAGGUACAGAGUCGUCUGAUUGUCCGGCUGCUCUGAGACGUCAGGGAGUCUGAAGCAUGUGUGAAGUAUUUAUGCCAAAAUACAAAAAUACAAAAUGCAGAGCAAUAAUCCAGAGAGCAGAAACAUGUAAAAGCUUUUAGCAGAACUGGAGCUGAUGACCUGAACUUUGACCCUGAAUGUGAAAAUAAAGUCUAGUCCAGAGUGAGCAGGUUUUACUGUGUGUUCAAGGCACUGCCACUGUUCCUCUGUGUUCUUUAACACAGCUGUGCAGCAGUGUGAUUGUCUUAUCUCAACACUCAGUUGAAAGUCCAGCUGCUAAUUCAGGAGAUCAGAGGUCAUCAACUUUUCCUUUCACAGCGUUAAUCCGUCCCAGUGUAGAGACUCAUAUUAUUUUUAAUGGUACAAGAUGAAUUUGUUUUAUUUUCAUUCCACAAACUUUUAUCAUGAGAUCAAACAUGCGUGUUAAUAACUAAAACACUCUGGAUGAUGACGUCGUCGCUCACUGAACAGCCUCUGUACAGUUCAUGUGUUCGUUCGUAUGAAAACAUAUUAAUAUGAAAACUGUGACUUCCUGCAGGAAACCUACAACAAUAAAACACUUUGACCCAAAA